ACCCUGCAAGCAACAUCAGUCUCCAUCCCUACUGUUCCUCUGGUGAACCAGGUUAACUUGAAUUUGCACCAAGAUGCCUAAACUCCUGCAAGGCAUUGUCACUGUCAUCGAUGUUUUCUACAAUUAUGCCACUGAAUAUGGGAACUGUGACAUGUUGAGCAAAAAAGAGAUGAAAGAACUUCUGGAAACUGAGUUUCGCCAAAUUUUAAAGAAUCCAGAUGAUCCAGAUACCGUAGAUAUCAUCAUGCAAAGUCUGGAUCGAGAUCAUAACCACAAAGUGGAUUUUACUGAGUAUCUUAUAAUGAUACUCAGGCUGGCUAAGGCUUGUAAUAAAAUUAUUGGCAAGGAUUACUGCCAAGCUUCAGGGUCAAAGCAAAAAGAUCACAGUCGCCAGCACCAAGAGGAACAGAGUGAAAAAGAAACAGAAAACGAAGAGGAAGAAGCCUCUUCAAGUUAUUCAAGUUCUAGUGCAGGAGAGAAUGACUCUUAUUACAAAAGCUCAAGAGGAAACAAAAAAUACAAAUCCAGAAAACCAAGACAAGGGAAGGAACAAAGUUCUGAACAAAGCACAAAAUCAAAUUCAAGUGAUUUCAAAAAUAAUGAGGAUUAUGAAAAAGACCAGCAUGGAUCAGGAUUUUCCUACUCAUCUAGCAACAGCAGAUCUAGAUCAAGGAAAGAUUCUGGUAUUCCUCAACAUGGCUCUGAAUCAAGACAAUCCUCUACCUCCAGUAAACAAGGAUGUGGUGAAUGCCAGUCAUCUGGUAAAGGAAAACAAACUGCAUCAACGCAAGGAUCAUCAUCAGGUUCUGCUUCAGGUCAGUCAACCAGUAAACAAGAAUCAGGAAAAAGUCAGUCAACAAGCAAUACAAAAAACAGGUCUAGCACGAGAGGGACGACUGGCUCCCAAGAAUAUAGCUCUGGUUCAGAAGAAGAAUCUGGCUUUAGUCAAUGUGGAUCUGGGGAACGACCAUCUUCAAACACUGGAAAAAAAGGUUCCUUUCCUGCAGAAUUAGCAGGUAGCAACCAGGAUAAUACUGGCUUUAGUAAGGGAUCAAGCUCAGGACAGACUACCAAUACCUGUGAGCAUGGCUCUCAGUAUGGUCAUUCUUCAAGUUACGAGACUUACAAGUCCAAAUCAGGACAAAGUUCUAACUCCAAACGACAGGGAUCAGGACAAGGUGGGUCCUCAGGGUCUGGACAAUAUGGUUCUUCAUCGGGACAGUCUCCGGGCUGUGAGUCAGGUCAGUCCACUGGCUAUGGAGAACAAAGGUCAGGAAAAAGUCAGUCAUCUAGACACAGACGAGGCAGGUCCACCUCAAGGGAGUCUAACGGAUCCCAAGACUAUGGAUCCAGCUCAAGAGAAUCUUCUGGCUUUAGUCAGCGUGGAUCUGGGCAUGGUCAAUCUUCUCGGGGUAGAAAAAGUGGUUCUUUCUCUGGACAGUCAGCAGGCAGUCAACAACAUCAAUCUGGCUCUAGGCAUGGAUCUCGCUCAGGUCACUCUCCCACCUCUGGUCAGCAAGGCUCUCAUUAUGGUCAGUCUUCCAGUUAUGGCACACACAACUCAGGGUCAAGCCAGUCGUCCAGCCAGAGGACACAUGGCUCUGGUUCAGGGCGGUCAUCUGGUUUAGGUGAAUACGGCUCCUCAUCAGGACAAACUUCUAACUCCCAGAGACAGGGUUCUGGACAAGGUGUGUCCUCUGGGUCAGGACGAUAUGGUUCUUCCUCAGGACAGUCUUCAGGCUGUGGGUCAGGUCAGUCCACUGGCUAUGGAGAACAAGGGUCAGGAAAAAGUCAGUCAUCUAGCCACAGGCGAGGCAGGUCUACCUCCAGGGAGUCUUCUACCUCUCAACAGUAUGGAUCUGGCUCAGGAGAAUCUUCUGGAUUUAGUCAACGUGGAUCGGCUCGGGGUCAAUCUUCUCAUAGUGGACAACAUGGUUCUUUCUCUGGACAGUCAGCAGGCAGUCAAGACCAUGGAUCUUGCUGCGGUCAGUCUUCUGGAUAUGGUCAAAAUGAAUAUGGCUCAGGUCAGUCACCCACGUCUGGGCAGCAAGGCUCUCAUUACAGUCAGUCUUCCAGUUAUGGCACACACAACUCGGGAUCAAGCCAGUCAUCCAGCCAGAGGACACAUGGCUCUGGUUCAGGGCAGUCAUCUGGGUUAGGGCAAUAUGGCUCCACAACAGGACAAACUUCUAGCUCCAAAGGACAGGGUUCUGGAAAAGGUGUGUCCUCUGGGUCAGGACGAUAUGGUUCUUCCUCAGGACAGUCUUCAGGCUGUGGGUCAGGUCAGUCCACUGGCUAUGGAGAACAAGGAUCAGGAAAAAGUCAAUCAUCUGGCCACACUCGAGGCAGGUCCACCUCAAGGGAGUCUAACGGAUCCCAAGAGUAUGGAUCCAGCUCAAGAGAAUCUUCUGGCUUUAGUCAGCAAGGAUCUGGGCAUGGUCAAUCUUCUAGGGGUAGACAAAGUGGUUCUUUCUCUGGACAGUCAGCAGGCAGUCAACAGCAUCAAUCUGGCUCUAGGCAUGGAUCUCACUCAGGUCAGUCUCCCACCUCUGGUCAGCAAGGCUCUCAUUAUGGUCAGUCUUCCAGUUAUGGCACACACAACUCAGGGUCAAGCCAGUCAUCCAGCCAGAGGACACAUGGCUCUGGUUCAAGGCAGUCAUCAGGUUUAGGUGAAUACGGCUCCUCAUCAGGACAAACUUCUAACUCCCAAAGACAGGGUUCUGGACAAGGUGUGUCCUCUGGGUCAGGACGAUAUGGUGCUUCAUCAGGACAGUCUUCAGGCUGUGGGACAGAUCAGUCGAGUAACUAUGGAGAACAAGGGUCAGGAAAAAGUCAGUCAUCUAGCCACAGGCGAGGCAGGUCUACCUCCAGGGAGUCUUCUACCUCUCAACAGUAUGGAUCUGGCUCAGGAGAAUCUUCUGGAUUUAGUCAACGUGGAUCGGCUCGGGGUCAAUCUUCUCAUAGUGGACAACAUGGCUCUUUCUCUGGACAGUCAGCAGGCAGUCAACACCAUGGAGCUUGUUGCGGUCAGUCUUUUGGAUAUGGUCAAAAUGAACAUGGCUCAGGUCAGUCUCCCACGUCUGGGCAGCAAGGCUCUCAUUACAGUCAGUCUUCCAGUUAUGGCACACACAACUCAGGAUCAAGCCAGUCUUCCCGCCAGACUACACAUGGCUCUGGUUCAGGGCAGUCAUCUGGGUUAGGGCAAUACGGCUCCACAACAGGACAAACUUCUAGCUCCGAAGGACAGGGUUCUGGACAAGGUGUGUCCUCAGGGUCUGGACGAUAUGGUUCUUCCUCAGGACAGUCUUCAGGCUGUGGGUCAGGUCAGUCCACUGGCUAUGGAGAACAAGGGUCAGGAAAAAGUCAGUCAUCUAGCCACAGACGAGGCAGGUCCACCUCAAGGGAGUCUUAUGGAUCCCAAGAGCAUGGAUCCGGCUCAAGAGAAUCUUCUGGCUUUAGUCAGCGUGGAUCUGGGCAUGGUCAAUCUUCUCGGGGUAGACAAAGUGGUUCUUUCUCUGGACAGUCAGCAGGCAGUCAACAGCAUCAAUCUGGCUCUAGGCAUGGAUCUCACUCAGGUCAGUCUCCCACCUCUGGUCAGCAAGGCUCUCAUUAUGGUCAGUCUUCCAGUUAUGGCACACACAACUCAGGGUCAAGCCAGUCAUCCAGCCAGAGGACACAUGGCUCUGGUUCAAGGCAGUCAUCAGGUUUAGGUGAAUACGGCUCCUCAUCAGGACAACCUUCUAACACCCAAAGACAGGGUUCUGGACAAGGUGUGUCCUCUGGGUCAGGACGAUAUGGUGCUUCAUCAGGACAGUCUUCAGGCUGUGGGUCAGGUCAGUCCACUGGCUAUGGAGAACAAGGGUCAGGAAAAAGUCAGUCAUCUAGCCACAGGCGAGGCAGGUCUACCUCCAGGGAGUCUUCUACCUCUCAACAGUAUGGAUCUGGCUCAGGAGAAUCUUCUGGAUUUAGUCAACGUGGAUCGGCUCGGGGUCAAUCUUCUCAUAGUGGACAACAUGGCUCUUUCUCUGGACAGUCAGCAGGCAGUCAACACCAUGGAGCUUGUUGCGGUCAGUCUUCUGGAUAUGGUCAAAAUGAACAUGGCUCAGGUCAGUCUCCCACGUCUGGGCAGCAAGGCUCUCAUUACAGUCAGUCUUCCAGUUAUGGCACACACAACUCAGGAUCAAGCCAGUCUUCCCGCCAGACUACACAUGGCUCUGGUUCAGGGCAGUCAUCAGGGUUAGGGCAAUACGGCUCCACAACAGGACAAACUUCUAGCUCCAAAGGACAGGGUUCUGGACAAGGUGUGUCCUCAGGGUCUGGACGAUAUGGUUCUUCCUCAGGACAGUCUUCAGGCUGUGGGUCAGGUCAGUCCACUGGCUAUGGAGAACAAGGGUCAGGAAAAAGUCAGUCAUCUAGCCACAGACGAGGCAGGUCCACCUCAAGGGAGUCUUAUGGAUCCCAAGAGCAUGGAUCCGGCUCAAGAGAAUCUUCUGGCUUUAGUCAGCGUGGAUCUGGGCAUGGUCAAUCUUCUCGGGGUAGACAAAGUGGUUCUUUCUCUGGACAGUCAGCAGGCAGUCAACAGCAUCAAUCUGGCUCUAGGCAUGGAUCUCGUUCAGGUCAGUCUCCCACCUCUGGUCAGCAAGGCUCUCAUUAUGGUCAGUCUUCCAGUUAUGGCACACACAACUCAGGGUCAAGCCAGUCGUCCAGCCAGAGGACACAUGGUUCUGGUUCAGGGCAGUCAUCUGGGUUAGGGCAAUAUGGCUCCACAACAGGACAAACUUCUAGUUCCAAAGGACAGGGUUCUGGACAAGGUGUGUCCUCAGGGUCUGGAAGAUAUGGUGCUUCAUCAGGACAGUCUUCAGGCUGUGGGUCAGGUCAGUCCACUGGCUAUGGAGAACAAGGGUCAGGAAAAAGUCAGUCAUCUAGCCACAGACGAGGCAGGUCCACCUCAAGGGAGUCUUAUGGAUCCCAACAGCAUGGAUCCGGCUCAAGAGAAUCUUCUGGCUUUAGUCAGCGAGGAUCUGGGCAUGGUCAAUCUUCUCGGGGUAGAAAAAGUGGUUCUUUCUCUGGACAGUCAGCAGGCAGUCAACAGCAUCAAUCUGGCUCUAGGCAUGGAUCUCGCUCAGGUCAGUCUCCCACCUCUGGUCAGCAAGGCUCUCAUUAUGGUCAGUCUUCCAGUUAUGGCACACACAACUCAGGGUCAAGCCAGUCAUCCAGCCAGAGGACACAUGGCUCUGGUUCAGGGCAUUCAUCAGGUUUAGGUGAAUACGGCUCCACCACAGGACAAACUUCUAGCUCCAAAGGACAGGGUUCUGAACAAGGUGUGUCCUCUGGGUCAGGACGAUAUGGUGCUUCAUCAGGACAGUCUUCAGGCUGUGGGUCAGGUCAGUCCACUGGCUAUGGAGAACAAGGGUCAGGCAAAAGUCAGUCAUCUAGCCACAGGCGAGGCAGGUCUACCUCCAGGGAGUCUUCUACCUCUCAACAGUAUGGAUCUGGCUCAGGAGAAUCUUCUGGAUUUAGUCAACGUGGAUCGGCUCGGUGUCAAUCUUCUCAUAGUGGACAACAUGGUUCUUUCUCUGGACAGUCAGCAGGCAGUCAACACCAUGGAUCUUGUUGCGGUCAGACUUCUGGAUACGGUCAAAAUGAAUAUGGCUCAGGUCAGUCUCCCACGUCUGGGCAGCAAGGCUCUCAUUACAGUCAGUCUUCCAGUUAUGGCACACACAACUCAGGAUCAAGCCAGUCUUCCAGCCAGAGGACACAUGGCUCUGGUUCAGGGCAGUCAUCUGGGUUAGGGCAAUACGGCUCCACAACAGGACAAAGUUCUAGCUCCAAAGGACAGGGUUCUGGACAAGGUGUGUCCUCUGGGUCAGGACGAUACGGUUCUUCCUCAGGACAGUCUUCAGGCUGUGGGUCAGGUCAGUCCACUGGCUAUGGAGAACAAGGGUCAGGAAAAAGUCAUUCAUCUUGCCACAGACGAGGCAGGUCCACCUCAAGGGAGUCUUAUGGAUCCCAAGAGCAUGGAUCCGGCUCAAGAGAAUCUUCUGGCUUUAGUCAGCGUGGAUCUGGGCAUGGUCAAUCUUCUAGGGGUAGACAAAGUGGUUCUUUCUCUGGACAGUCAGCAGGCAGUCAACAGCAUCAAUCUGGCUCUAGGCAUGGAUCUCGUUCAGGUCAGUCUCCCACCUCUGGUCAGCAAGGCUCUCAUUAUGGUCAGUCUUCCAGUUAUGGCACACACAACUCAGGGUCAAGCCAGUCAUCCAGCCAGAGGACACAUGGUUCUGGUUCAGGGCAGUCAUCUGGGUUAGGGCAAUACGGCUCCACAACAGGACAAACUUCUAGUUCCAAAGGACAGGGUUCUGGAAAAGGUGUGUCCUCAGGGUCUGGACAAUAUGGUGCUUCAUCAGGACAGUCUUCAGGCUGUGGGUCAGGUCAGUACACUGGCUAUGGAGAACAAGGGUCAGGAAAAAGUCAGUCAUCUAGCCACAGACGAGGCAGGUCCACCUCAAGGGAGUCUUAUGGAUCCCAAGAGCAUGGAUCCGGCUCAAGAGAAUCUUCUGGCUUUAGUCAGCGUGGAUCUGGGCAUGGUCAAUCUUCUCGGGGUAGACAAAGUGGUUCUUUCUCUGGACAGUCAGCAGGCAGUCAACAACAUCAAUCUGGCUUUAGGCAUAAAUCUGGCUCAGGACAUUCUUCCACCUCUGGUCAGCAAGGCUCUCAUUAUGGUCAGUCUUCCAGUUAUGGCACACACAACUCAGGGUCAAGCCACUCAUCCAGCCAGAGGACACAUGGUUCUGGUUCAGAGCAGUCAUCUGGGUUAGGGCAAUACGGCUCCACCACACGACAAACUUCUAGCUCCAAAGGACAGGGUUCUGGAAAAGGUGUGUCCUCUGGGUCAGGACGAUAUGGUUCUUCCACAGGACAGUCUUCAGGCUGUGAGUCAGGUCAGUCCACUGGCUAUGGAGAAAAGGGGUCAGGAAAAAGUCAGUCAUCUAGCCACAGACGAGGCAGGUCCACCUCAAGGGAGUCUUAUGGAUCCCAAGAGCAUGGAUCCGGCUCAAGAGAAUCUUCUGGCUUUAGUCAGCGUGGAUCUGGGCAUGGUCAAUCUUCUCGGGGUAGACAAAGUGGUUCUUUCUCUGGACAGUCAGCAGGCAGUCAACAGCAUCAUACCGGCUCUAGGCAUGGAUCUCGCUCAGGUCAGUCUCCCAACUCUGGUCAGCAAGGCUCUCAUUAUAGUCAGUCUUCCAGUUAUGGCACACACAACUCAGGGUCAAGCCAGUCAUCCAGCCAGAGGACACAUGGUUCUGGUUCAGGGCAGUCGUCUGGGUUAGGGCAAUACGGCUCCACCACAGGACAAACUUCUAGCUCCAAAGGACCGGGUUCUGGACAAGGUGUGUCCUCUGGGUCAGGACGAUAUGGUUCUUCCACAGGACAUUCUUCAGGCUGUGAGUCAGGUCAGUCCACUGGCUAUGGAGAAAAGGGGUCAGGAAAAAGUCAGUCAUCUAGCCACAGACGAGGCAGGUCCACCUCAAGGGAGUCUUAUGGAUCCCAACAGCAUGGAUCCGGCUCAAGAGAAUCUUCUGGCUUUAGUCAGCGUGGAUCUGGGCAUGGUCAAUCUUCUCGGGGUAGACAAAGUGGUUCUUUCUCUGGACAGUCAGCAGGCAGUCAACAGCAUCAAUCUGGCUCUACGCAUGGAUCUCGCUCAGGUCAGUCUCCCACUUCUGGUCAGCAAGACUCUCAUUAUGGUCAGUCUUCCAGUUAUGGCACACACAACUCAGGGUCAAGCCAUUCGUCCAGCCAGAGGACACAUGGUUCUGGUUCAGGGCAGUCAUCUGGGUUAGAGCAAUAUGGCUCCACAACAGGACAAACUUCUAGUUCCAAAGGACAGGGUUCUGGACAAGGUGUGUCCUCAGGGUCUGGACAAUAUGGUGCUUCAUCAGGACAGUCUUCAGGCUGUGGGUCAGGUCAGUCCACUGGCUAUGGAGAACAAGGGUCAGGAAAAAGUCAGUCAUCUAGCCACAGACGAGGCAGGUCCACCUCAAGGGAGUCUUAUGGAUCCCAACAGCAUGGAUCCGGCUCAAGAGAAUCUUCUGGCUUUAGUCAGCGUGGAUCUGGGCAUGGUCAAUCUUCUCGGGGUAAACAAAGUGGUUCUUUCUCUGGACAGUCAGCAGGCAGUCAACACCAUCAAUCUGGCUCUAGGAAUGGAUCUCGCUCAGGCCAUUCUUCCACCUCUGGUCAGCAAGGCUCUCAUUAUGGUCAGUCUUCCAGUUAUGGCACACACAGCUCAGGGUCAAGCCAGUCAUCCAGCCAGACUACACAUUGUUCUGGUUCAGGGCAGUCAUCUGGUUUAGGUGAAUACGGCUCCUCAUCAGGACAAACUUCUAACUCCCAGAGACAGGGUUCUGGACAAGGUGUGUCCUCUGGGUCAGAACGAUAUGGUUCUUCCUCAGGACAGUCUUCAGGCUGUGGGUCAGGUCAGUCCACUGGCUAUGGAGAACAAGGGUCAGGAAAAAGUCAGUCAUCUAGCCACAGGCGAGGCAGGUCUACCUCCAGGGAGUCUUCUACCUCUCAACAAUAUGGAUCUGGCUCAGGAGAAUCUUCUGGAUUUAGUCAACGUGGAUCAGCUCGGGGUCAGUCUUCUCAUAGUGGACAACAUGGUUCUUUCUCUGGACAGUCAGCAGGCAGUCAACACCAUGGAGCUUGUUGCGGUCAGUCUUCUGGAUACGGUCAAAAUGAAUAUGGCUCAGGUCAGUCUCCCACGUCUGGGCAGCAAGGCUCUCAUUACAGUCAGUCUUCCAGUUAUGGCACACACAACUCAGGAUCAAGCCAGUCAUCCAGCCAGACUACACAUGGCUCUGGUUUAAGGCAGUCAUCUGGGUUAGGGCAAUACGGCUCCGCAACAGGACAAAGUUCUAGCUCCAAAGGACAGGGUUCUGGACAAGGAGUGUCCUCGGGGUCUGGACGAUAUGGUGCUUCCUCAGGACAGUCUUCAGGCUGUGGGUCAUGUCAGUCCACUGGCUAUGGAGAACAAGGGUCAGGAAAAAGUCAGUCAUCUGGCCACACUCGAGGCAGGUCCUACUCAAGGGGUUCUUCUGGUUCUCAACGGGAUAUAUCUGGCUCAAAUGAGGCUCCUACCUUUAGUCAACAUCGAUCUUGGCAAAGGCAGUCUUCUCACAGUUGGCAAAGUGGUCCUUACUCUGGACAGUCAUCUGGCCAUGUUCAGCAUGGUCCUGAAUGUCCUCAAUCUGAAGGGUCAAUUCACUCAUCCACCUGUGGUCAGCCUGGUUCUGCAUCAUGGCAGUCUUCUGGUUUUGACCAACAAUAUCCUGCAUCACACCAUUCUUCUCCCUGUAGUAGUCAUGGUACUGUCUCUCAAGAAUGUUCUGGCUUUGGUAAACAGGUAUCUAGAUCAGGUCAGUGUACUUAUGGGCAACAUGAAUCUAAUAUAAACCAAUCAUCUGACUAUAGACAAUAUAAUCCCACAUCAGGGCAGUCAUACUGUGGUGGUCACUGUGGAUCUAAUUCAAACCAAUCUUCUAGCUAUUGUGGACAGGGAGUUGGUUCAAGUCAGUCUUCUAACUAUGGCCAAUAUGGAUGUUCCUCAAAUCAUUAUUCUAGCCAGAGUCAACAUGGAAGUGGAUGUACUCAGGGUUUUGGUGCUGAUCAAUGUGGGUCUGGUUCCUAUCCCUCUUCUAUCUCUAGACAAAAUUGUCCAGGAUCUGGUCUGUGCCAUACUUCACAACAAUAUGGGUCUGCUUCAAGUCACUCAUUUAGCCCUGGAUCAUGUUGUUCUGGAUAUGGUCAAUAUUCUAACUGUGGGAAAACUCAGUCAAAUGGGAGAUCUGGAACCCAAUGGGAAUCUGGUUGUAGCCCAUCAAUGUGUAAUGAAAAUCAAUCAAUAAGAGUGCAUAGACAAGUAGAAACCUUCUCAGGUUGUGACUUUGGACAAUUUACACCUUCAUAUGGACAGAUUAGAUCUGAUACAACUGGUAAAUUGUCACUUUGUAAUGUGGCCAAUAGACAAGGUAACUAUGACUAUCAGAGAGUCAAGGAAAGUAACUUUGGAAUGAAAAAUAUAGUCUCAGGUUCUCAUAGUUUCAAUAGUAGCACUCCACUCUAUGAGUAUGUCCAAGAACAGAAACGCUAAUUGUCAUAGUAAAUAAAGAACCGUGGUAAAAUUAACUUAAAUGUUAAUUUAAGAAAUAAAAAAUUGUUAGAAAUAAGCUGAUCAUGAAAUUCCUUUCUAAAUCUGGACCUACCUGUACUCAUCCAUUUAAAAUAAAAAUUAGCAUAUAUACCUAGUUAUUGAGUUCCUUCCAAAUAAUAUACGAUAGUUGGGGUACUUAGUUAGGAUCUAUUGCAGUGGAUAAAUGUUUGGUUUAAGGGAAUUAGUUUGGAAGAAUAAUUUGGGGUUUAAUUAAGGUAUCUAUCUGAAAGAUUAUUAUUUAGUUAGGGAUGAUGCUAAAGCUAAGCUUAUAGUUUUAAAGGUCAAUAUAUUACAAAUCUAUUAUCACUCCAGUUGCCAAAGCUUUACCUUACAUAAAAUACAGUCUAAUUUUCAAUGUAUAUUAUGUUACAUGGCAAGAGCAGGACAUAUAUGUAGGUGUGUUUCUAUUCUUACCCGAAUCACCAAGAUACUUUGACAAACUGUAAAUCAGUAAGUGACCAAGUGGCACUAAAAUUUUGCUCCAGAUCCUGAUUCUUAACCACUGGAAAAGAGGUGCAGGACCAAUGGAUCCAAGUGUGGGAUUUACCUUUAUUUGAACAAGAGAUAUCUUGGCUUCCAUUUGUAAGAAAUUGUUUCAGAUUAGAAAAUUUUAGGCAUACUACAUACAGCUUUGAAGUGUAAGUGGUCUACUGGUCUCACCAUGUAGAGAUAUCAGCAAUGACAAAAUGGAAAAACAGUUUGCCAUUAUUAUUUAGGUCUUUUCUUGCCUAUAAUGUAUUUCCUUCAAGUCUUUGGAUUCAAAUAACUGGAUAACAUUAAUAUUAACAAUAAAUUGCUGGUGAUUAAAUACUGA